GGGGAGGGUUCUUGGCGGCAACGUUUAUAUCUCGGCAGAUGGUCAGGGACGGGUGUAGCAUGUGUUACAACUAGUUUUCUGUGAGAUUGAAGUGAUGUUAUGCUAUAUCGGCGUGGGAUACGGGGAUGCCGACGCGCCUCCGAGCCUCGGCCGGGGUAGAGGAAGCCGAUUUUUGAGUUUCGGCGUCCACAUGUUACCCCGCCGUGCAUGAUGGCAUAUGCCCCACGGGUACAGCGGCUUCCCACCUUCGGACAGGACUGUUUAUCCCAGAUACCCCCACUUUCACGUAUCACGGUCGGGCGGGGUGGCUGUUAGGCUUCGGGGGUUCGUCGCCGUAGUGUAGUAUAUCGGGACCUGUUUGACUCUUAGAUCUCCUUUCAAAAGGUGAAGCUUUCCGUAUAUGUCCUUGGAAUCUACUGGCUGCAUACAACCACGAACUUGGCGCAAUCAAGACAGCUUCAUCGAUAAUACUAAGAAGCCACUUACUAUCAUAGACACCUACAACUGCCCAAGAUGGCUCUAAACGCAGAAGCCAUCCCACCCUCCUCAAACCCCGCAUUCGCCCAAUUCCCAAGCCGAAGGAGCGUCGUCCACAGCACCGACGGAAUCAUCGCCUGCACGCAACCAUUGGCAGCAAGAUGCGGUCUCAGGAUCUUACAACAAGGCGGAAACGCAGCUGAUGCCGCAGUAGCAGUCGCCGCCGGACUCAACAUGACCGAACCCUGCAGCACCGGCAUCGGCGGCGACAUGUUCUGUCUCUACUACGACGCCAAAACCAAGAAGGUCUCCGCCAUGAACGGCUCUGGCCGCGCAGGCGCAAACUGCUCGCUCGAAACUAUCCGCAAGGAUCUCGGGCUCAAGGAGGGGCAGGAGGGCUCGAUACCCCUGGAUAGCGUGCACGCAGUCACAGUCCCCGGAGCUGCUGCAGGGUGGGUCGACACAGUUGAGAGUUUCGGUAGCGGAAAGCUCUCUAUAUCACAGAUCCUCGCCCCCGCCAUCGAGCUGGGAGAGAAGGGGUUCCCUGUUUCUGAAAUCGCAGCUGCUUCUUGGCAACGCGGGGAAUCCAGUCUCCGCGCCGCCUCCCCCAACUACGCCGAACUCCUCAAAUCCGACUCCUCAUCCCCUGACGGCUACCGCGCCCCCGGCCCAGGAGAACUCUUCCACAACCCCAAUUUAUCCUCUACUUUCCGCGCGUUGGCUACAGAAGGGAAGGCAGGGUUCUACAGCGGCCGCGUGGGCGAGGCGCUUGUUAAAGUGCUUGCUGAUCGCGGGGGACGGCUUACGGCGGAGGAUUUGUCGAAUCAUGCGAAUUUGGGAACCGAGCACGUCUCCCCCAUCGCCCUAACAUUCAACGGGCAGAACGCCGGCAAACCCUUUUCUGCAGACGCCUCCCACGCUGUCAAGCUGUGGGAACACCCUCCCAACGGCCAGGGUAUCGUCGCUUUAAUGGCAUUGGGUAUUCUCGAAUCCUUGGAGGCCGCUGGCACAAUCCCAGCUUUCAAACCAGAAGACCACAACACAGCACCCUACCUCCACGCCAUCAUCGAAGCCCUCCGCAUAGCCUUCUCCGACGCUUCCUGGUUCGUCGCAGACCCCAACGCCGUCCGCGUCCCAACCGCCGAGUUGCUCUCCUCCUCCUACCUCGCCACGCGCGCUGCGCUCUUCGACCCGGCGCGCGCGACACCAGUGCCCACGCGCGGCUCACCGGCGUUGAAUUCCUGCGACACCGUUUACUUCGCCGUCACGGACGCGGAGGGUAACGCAGCGAGUUUUAUUAAUAGCAAUUACACCGGUUUCGGCUCCGCUAUCGUGCCCCAGGGAUGCGGAUUCACUCUCCAGAAUCGCGCGGCGAAUUUUAGUCUCGAUAAGGAACAUCCGAAUGUGCUGGCGCCGGGGAAGAGGCCGUAUCAUACUAUCAUCCCUGCCUUGACUACUAACGCGAGUGAUGACAGCUUGCACAGCGUCCUCGGCGUGAUGGGGGGAUUCAUGCAACCCCAAGGCCACGUCCAGGUGUUGUUGAAUAUGCGCGCAUUCGGGUUUAACCCCCAGCAAGCCCUCGACGCGCCGAGGGUGUGUAUUGGGGCUGGGAUGCCGGAUGAGGGGGAGGUGUUGGAUGUUACUGUUUAUGUGGAGGAGGGGGUUGAUGAGAAGGUGGUGGAGGGGUUGAGGGGCUUGGGACAUAAGGUGCAGGUUGUGGGGGGGUGGGAGAGGGGGUUGUUUGGGAGGGGACAGGUGGUGAAAAGGGGGAGGGAUGGGGUGGAUUCGGGGGGGAGUGAUUUGAGGGGGGAUGGGGGGGCGUAUCCUGCGUAG